GGAUGGGCGUGGUGGGCGCCCUGCCCGACUGGGCCUCCACCCUCACCGUCUCGGCGCCGGGCACGCUGGCGCUGGCGCCCGGCUGGUCGGCCGUCGCCACGGAGCUGUGGAUGCGGGCGGCGGGCGGGCUGGAGCACAAGGGCGACCUCUGCGCCCUCAUGCCGCCCACGCUCCGGUUCCUGGACGCGUCGCGCACCCGCCUGGGCGAGCUGGUGGUGGCGUCGGCCUGCGCCCCCCUGCGGCGCGUGGAGGCCGCCCACUCGGGCCUCUCGCGGGUGUCGCUCUGCACGCCCGCGCUCGUCACGCUCCACGUCUCGGGCAACGAGGUGUCGGCGGCCUGGAGUGGGGCGGCGUGCGCGGGCGGCGUGGCGGCCGUGGAGCUGCUGCAGGCAACCACAACGAGCUCAAGUCGGCCUCCACGUGCGGUUGGCCCAGCCUGCACACGCUCGACCUGCGCCACAACCGCCUCGCCGCCCUCGACCUCACCUCUGCCCGCCACGAACCUCACGCGCAUCACCGCCGCCCGCAACCUCCUCCAGACGCCGCCCGAACUCACGCCCACGCUCCUGCACGUCGACCUCUCGCGCAACAGCCUGACGGAGCUGCCUGCGCUCACGCCCGCGCUGCUGACGGCCGAUUUCUCGCACAACGGCAUCGCGGAGGUCGGGAAGCACCGGUUCAAGCGAGCCAGGAAGCUCCUCCACCUGAAGCUGGCGCACAACCACCUCACGCAGCUGCACGCCCACGACCUAAGCGGCCUGCGGGAGUUGCUCACGCUCGACGUCAGCCACAACCGCCUGCGGGAGGUGUCAGCUGGCUCCUUCCGCCACCUGCGCCACCUGCAGCGUCUCCACCUGCAGCACAACCUCCUGACCACCCUCGACGCCCGUGAUCUGGCAGCGCUGACGCCCCACACCCACGCCAUUCUGCACCACAACCCGUGGGCGUGCACGUGCUCCCUCCUGACGGCGCUGCAGCAGCUUCAGAACUGCGCCACGUGCCAGCACCAGAUUGUGGGCGUGGAGUGCAAGGAGCGCGGCGAGUGGGUGGCGGCGCGGGCGGUGCUGCACUCGUGCCGGCAGGCGGUGAAGGACGUGACGCAGCGCCUCCAGGACGAGUCCGACGAGGACCUGUCGGAGGAGGACCCCGCGGACGACCCCCUGCGAGGCAGCGGCGACGACGGCGAGGGCGCGGUCAUGGUGGUGCCCGGCCUGGUGGUGCUGCUGGUGGCCGCCGUGGCCGUGGCGCUCGGCUACCGCCUCUACCGCAAGCACCGCCGCAACGUCAGGGCCACGCUGGCGCCCUUCUGCUGCGGCUGCUGCGGCACCGUGCCCCCCGUGACCACGCUGGGCAACAACCACCACCACAGCCUGCAGCACCGCCACCUGCCCAACGCCGACAACGACUCCGACACGGAGACGGAGCUCUGACGCCCCGACGCGGGCUCCUCGGCGCUCGGAUUCUGACGUCAUCGCAGCCUAUGACGUCAUCACAGCAUCCGAAAGGGAUGAACUGUUUUCUUUUUUCUUUUUUUUAUGCAGAUCGUGAUUAUGUGUACAGCUGUGACGUUUAUCGUGUGGUUUUGAGAAACUGUUUCUAUAAUGCUUUAUAUAUUACGUGACAAUAUUGUUUUUACAUAGCUGUGGCAUUUGUAAUGUUUUAUAUCCCUAUGGCUGUGACAAUGGCAGUGUGUCUGUGUGCGUGUGUGUCAGCAGUGAAAAUCCCUUCAAAUGCAGCUGUGAUAUCGAUAAAAAGUAUUCACCAGGAAGCUGUGCAGUUGAAUGUUUCCCGUGUUCGAUUCCUAUUCCCGUGACAUGCGAACACCCCGGCUGUGACUUCGCGCGACUGAAGGUGAUCUAUAAAAAAAAUAAUAAACUCGCGAGUGGAACACUUACGUAAUGGAAGAAAAUGAUAAAACCGUGUGAGAAAUAAAGAAAAAAUUAUAUUACACAAAUCUUACCCCAUUAUUGUGGCCAGAAGCGAUCGAUCACCCGAGACUCGCAUGCAGUCACGUGGUCAUGAAGUGCCUGUGACGUCACUGCGGCAGAAGGUAAUCAGUCACCGCCUGCAGUUGCUAGCAAUGGAAGCGAUGUUUGCAACUGCUCUUUGCAACCUUAUAGGUCUGCCUGAACUUCUGAGAGACUGCUAAAUACUGGUCCCUAUGAGUGUUUAAUCUCGUCAGCAGUUCCAUAUUACAUAUAUAUAUUUAUAACCUGUGAAUGAAAUGUAAAGAAAAAAUGAAAUAAAGUGGAAAAAUCUUG